GCGGGGAGCAGGGAGAGCCUCGGGCCGGUGGCGGAGCCCGGUACGCGGCGAGGCUCCCCCCGGUACGUGCGGAGGGGAGAGGGAGGGGCUCCUGGGAAGGAGAAGAAAGCGGAGGUGGCUGCGCCCGUCUUUGUUCCCGUCGCCGCUGCAAGGCUGGCACGGAUGCUCUGGGCAUCAGCUGGGCAUCAGUCAGGAAGCCUGGCAAAGGAAUGCCCCCUUCGUGCUUCCAAGCCUUUUCUACAUCCACAUGAGAAAAAGCAGAGCCUGUGGACACGCUGCAGAUGGUCAUAUAAAUUUUGGCAGGGAAAUACCUGAUGGAGGAACACUGUCCUGCUGCUCGCCCUGUCCCCCUCCCACCGCCCAAAAUAACCUACUGGUAGCAGUUAUUUGAAGAAGAAAUAUGUGAGUUUGGAUACCAGCUCCAGCCUGGAUUAAGAGCCAUGAAGUUUUGAAGGAGGCUGACCACAGAUGGAGGCAAGUGAGCCGAGAAAUGCUGAGGGCUAGAAACACCAGCAGCAUCAAUAUUUUUUUUUUUAAAAAAGCCAUCCCGGGAGCAAGGGACAAAAAUAAACCGGAGCUCCAGGCAAGGAACAAAACAUGCAGACCUCCUCCGAGAGGAUAACAGAGGCUCACCUUACCUUAUCUUAUGAUAUCAACAAACUCCCUUCGCUGGGAGGGGAAGUGUCAAGAAAAAGCCUGAUUUCAAGGCCUUCUCCCGGGGCUGGGGGCUCCGUGAGCAAACCUGAGGCGGGAGAACCGUAUCCCUCCGAAAGGGCUUUCUUCAAGCGGAGGUGCCCGUUCUGGCUGAAGAGGAAAGGGGCCGCCAAUCCGCCUCAGGUGGCCCCCAAGAGCCGCCUCUGCAUGGAGGCCACUCACGAGAGCCCCAUCCAGGCCGUCCGGAAGCCGGCCACGCGGGAAGACACCCCAGGGCCGGACUCUGACGAGGAAUCUGUGCGAGGGAAAACAGGCACCUCACUCCUCAGGAAACUCCUGUGCCUGAAGAAGACGCCCACCGGUCCACCGGCAUCACCGGCCCAGAAGGCGAGAGUCCGGUGCGGGCCUGUGGCCGUCCUCAGCAGAACCGCCGACCCGCACGGGGAGUCUCCUCUGAAGUGGAAGCCCAGGGCUAAGGCCCCGAGUCCGGCAGAGCCCAGCUCCAUCGUGGAGACGGCAGCGGCCGAUCCGGUGGACAGGCUUGUUGGCUGGUGGGUGAUGAAGCCAUGGAGAGCUUUCAGGGCCAUGCUGAGAUCCAGAGCCAAGAAAAGGUCGGUUCUCCCAGAGAGCAAGAGAAGUCCCAAGGCGGUGGAAGAACGGGAUAUUCGCCUCCCCGCGGAGCCAGAAACCUCGCCCAUCGCCAGGGUGGACGGAUCCCCCCGUUUUUCACCCGUGGAGGACAAAACUCUUGCAUCUGACAUGGGUGAAACUCAAGAGGAGGAUGAAGGCGAGCACCUGAGCUCCAGGUGUGGGCUGGAGGUCCAUGGGCGGGCAGAGGACGAUAUUUCGGACCCUGCGACCGAACGGGAAGUGGACGAGCUCUGCACUUUCUUGAGCGAGGGAAGGCGGCUUCGGGAAGAGAGUCGAGGCCUCAGGGGCAUUUUCGAGAGGAGGGGAACUUGCCACCUUCCUGGGGAGGACGGAGUAGAGGCGGAAGACGUUGCAGACCAGGCCCCUGAGCUGGGAGACUACGGCUACUGGGCCGAGGCGUCGGACGGAGAGGAACAGGCUCUCGCCGAUCUUGCCGAGAACCCAGGCGGGCAGGGCAUGCUGAUGGCGACGAGAGAUCUGGGCUGGCUGAACAGCGAGUUGCUGGCAAGCCCAGUGGUUGGGCCAAAGGAAAAGCACGGAAGGGAUGUUUCCGCUGCAAGCAAUCCCAAAAGCAGAGAGAAUGGGCGUGUGGCGGACGCCAGCAGAGAGACCCAACACAUCCACCAGGAAGUGCUGCAUCUUAGCAGCUGCUCGGUUCCUCCGCCAGCCUCACCACCUGGCAGAAGCGAUGCUCUGGAAGCAGACCCUUAUGACGCUCCCAGGGCCCACAUCGCGGAGGAAGAAAGAGCGCCAUCUCCUGGCUUCCUGCUGACCCCCCUGGAGCCACCUCCCUCCUUUCCACCCAGAGGGCAAGGCCUUCAGGAGGGGCCACCCCCAUCAAGGCCAUGCCAGGCUCUCGCCGAGGACGGAGGAAGGGAAAUCUGCCAAAGGAGAGGGAGCUCCGGGCGGAAGCUGCCAUUGCCCACGGAGGAACCCGAGGCAGAGCUGGGAGAGGACAAGCAGCGGCUCUACCUGGCUGCGGUGGAGAUUGUGGGCGCCGCCAUCGACGCCGCAGCAGAGCAGCUGGCAAAGGCGGCCGACUGGGAGCAAGGAGAGAUGGGGUCCAGCAGAGAAGUUCCUUGAGGUCCCCGUUCCUGGGGAGAGCAGAGAACUUUGAAAGCAAGCUUUGCCAACCUGGUGUCCUCCAGAUAUUUUCAGAGUACACCCUCUAGCCAUGUUCUCACGCACCUCAGCUCUCCUGCCCAGCACUGGUGGGAAUUGAAGUCCAAGGCAUUUGGGGGGCACCAGGUUGACAGAGCAUGCUUUAAAGGCUUGGUUCAGGGGCCAGGCCUGUGCCUCCAUUCCCCUCCUGCCUUCACCAGCCUCCCCUCUUAAUUCCUUAGUAACUUAUGGCAUCCCCCAUUUUUAUUUUUUAAAAGACCCUUUUAUUCCAGAGCCUGUGGGCAAGAGGAACAGGAGCGGAGGACUGGUGAGGUUUGAAGUGUCAAAAAUACAAUUAAACCUGUUCCAAUGAAGGUUGCGUCUGCUUGUUUGUACCUCGCCCUCUUUCAGGGCUGGUUUUAGGAACAUAGGAAGCUUCUACUGAGUCAGAGCAUUGCUCCAUCCAGCUCAACGCAGACUGCAGUGGUUGGCAGCAGCUCUCCAGGGUUUCAGGAGAUGCUAAAGGGGAUUGGACCUGCAUGCAAAGCAGAUGCUCUAACCACUGAGCAACAGUUGCCCUCAACCAGAACUGGGUAUAUGUUGUGACUCAUAUUUUUUUUGGGGGGGGGGUGGAGUCCAGAAUGUGGUACUGGACUCUCUCUUGAGCCCAGGACCUCCUGUCCUCUCAUCUAAGACUUUUCAAGUUUAGAGGCGCUAUGUGACAAAACCCUGGUGCCUUCUGCACUCAAAGCAGCUGCUCUCCCGGUGAACCUCUGCCCCUUCUCCCCAACCCGCGGGGGAACGCAGCAAACACACACACACUCUAGGGGGUGAACCUUUUGUUCCUCUUUUUUUUUUAAUAGGGCUGCAUAAAAACACACACAGCUUCCCCUCCCCAAAGAUGUAUGUACAAUUUCAAAAAUAAAUAAAAGGGUUUAUUUGAGAAGAAAUCCGACGUUCCCUCCCCAUGUAUCCCAGUAACCUCGAAAGCGUCACAUCAGAAAGUCCGGCUGAAGUUUUGGGAACGUGAAAAAAGCUGUUCAGAAGAGCAAGCUUACCAAGGGGAUAAGUCUGUACACUGCUCCGGGUGGAAUUCUAUAUUUUAUUUUUAGAAAAAGCAUCUUUUGAAUGCGGAAUCAAGGCAGGAAGCAACAUAUAUAUAUAUCUCAAGUGGUCCAGGAAGGAUCUCCCAGGGCAGCCUUCCCUAGCCAGGUGGCUGCAAAAUGUUUCUGCCUACAACUCCCAUCAGCCUUUGCAAUAUACAGCUGUGCUGGCUGCAGCUGAUGGGAGCUGUAUCCUGAACAUCUGGAGGGCAUCAGAUUGAGGGGAGGGAGAAGGCUGGCCUGGGAAUAAAGGGUGUGGGGGGAGGACGGGGGUGGCUGCGAUCCUUCUUCCGAUCCAGCAUCGAAGGGUGCUUGCUGCCUGCUAUUGCCCAAAGGACACUUAAAAGUGCUUUUGAGGCUGCCGUUGUUGAGAAAAGAACCACGCUGUGGUCUCAAGCAAGCUGGGCUCUCUGCGCUCCCCAUAUAGCUUCCCCUUCAUCCUCAGUUUCCCUUAUGCCCCCCAAAAUAAACCAAUCGGGCGCUUUUUCCCCAUAAAGUUUCCUGCGGCUCAACACGGCGAGCUGCUGCGGGAAACUUGAUUCCAGAGAUCCAACGAACCUGCCCACCCUAUAGAUCUGCCCCAAUGCUCUCCUUGGCCAUAAAAGCCAUCCUUUCCAACCUGCGCCCCCUUUUUGUUGCAGAGUCGGGCGUGCCCCUUGCCUGCGUCUCCUCCGCAAAAAACCAGCCGCUGUCCCCCUAAGGCAGGCACGCCCAGCCUUCGGCCCUCCAGGUGUUUUGGACUACAAUUCCCAUCAUCCCUGACCACUGGUCCUGUUAGCUAGGGAUCAUGGGAGUUGUAGUCCCAAACAUCUGGAGGGCCACAGGUUAGGGGUGCCUGCCCUAAGGAUUCCUCCAAAAAGAGAGGACUGCCCAUUUUAUGCUCCCCUUAGAGCGCUUCCAUGCGGUCAGAGAAGCAGCUUUGAAGCCGCACAAACUUUGGGUUCGUGCACAUUCCCUGCCCCAGAAUUUUGCACCCCGUCCCCACAAGCGACUCGGGUCCCAAGCCAGCGUCAAGAGACCCGACUGUACAAGUACCCCGAGGCCAACGGCAAAGGACACAAAAUGGCGCUGCAAAGAGUCCCCCUCGCGUUUCCUCAUCAGAGAAGGCCUGCUCCAAAACAGGG